UUGUCUGCUGUGUUUUACAACUUCGUGUAAACACUUUAAAUUCGGCCCGAAACGGCGUUGUUAUAGAAAUAAUAGUCUUAAAGGAAACAGAGACAGAAGUCUCGACAUUGCGCGCGUAGUUUUCUGAGAUGCAGGGCGUAGGUACGUGAAUUAUUGAUUUUUUAGUGUCUGAUAUUUCUCCGAAAUUCGUCUGCUACGAACUUCAGGUCCACCCAUUCAAAGGAAAAUAAAUACUUUAGCAGGCAUAGAAACACAUGCCUCAACAGAUAGCUGAUGGAUGAAGCUGGAAGUAAGUUGGCUAUUAAAUUAGAGCCAUUUAUUCAUCAGGUAGGAGGACAUUCAUCUAUGCUCUGCUUAGACGAGUAUACGGUUUGCAAGCCUUUAGUGAAAAGAGAGCUAGAGUUUUACGAAACGCUUCCAGAUGCCAUUCGAAAAUUCACUCCAAAAUUUCACGGAACGCUACAAGUGAAAGCUGUACCCGAAGAAGAUGGAUACAUAUCGCUCAUUGCCAUUCCUACGGACUCCUAUUCUCCGAAGCAAAAUCAACGCAGCACAAAAAGAAAAAUCCGUAUUCGUCGAACAGGUAGUAUUGAAACAGAAGGCGACAACAAUGAAUUAUUUGAAGAAGAUUCCAUAAUCAAAGAAAAUCAAAUGAAUAUCCCAAAAUCUGGAGUGCCUGUCAAUCCGUGGGUACUUCAGUGUUAUGAACGUCAGUUACAGAAGAUGAUUUCUACUGUUAAAGUUGGUGAACAGGAACCAAAUUUUAUUUUACUCGAAAAUUUGGCAUCUAGGUUUACCUAUCCUUGUAUUCUUGAUCUGAAAAUGGGCACACGCCAAUAUGGAGAUACUGCAAGUUUGCCAAAGAAACAAAGUAAAAUGUUCAAAGUUGUUAGCACAACAUCUGGAAAACUUGGUGUUCGUAUCGGAGGAAUGCAGGUGUAUCAGGUAACGACACAGCGCUUCGUGUGCCGUAAUAAGUUUUUCGGUCGCAGUCUGUCUGUCGGAGGUUUCCAGCAGGCAGUGAGGCAGUUUCUGCACAAUGGAUCACAUUUGCGAUCGGAUGUUCUCGGCCCCCUAAUAAGGCGGCUUGAGGAACUUGCUGCAGUGGUGACUCAACAGGAAGCAACCCGUUUCUAUACAACAUCCUUACUGCUGAUAUAUGAUGGUCUUGAGCACUCCUGUACAGAGGGGAAGAUGAAGUUUGAUUUUGAAAUAAGGUCAUUGCAAAAUUCUGCAGUACGGCAGGAAGAAGAAAAAACUGCUUUUAUGCAGGGUAGCCGAAGAAGUUCUAGUGUUGAACUAUUGGAUCGCCCAUUGAAAGAGCUUACAACAGAUGAAGUUGGUAUAGUCCAUCGUAGGUGCAGUAGUGUGGGACUUUUUGAUGAUGCAGCACUUCAGUCGCCAUUGCCUUCACCGAGACCACCUGUCACAACUGUUGCGGAGCCUUCAAUAGAUGUUCGAAUAAUAGACUUUGCACAUUCUACUCAUAAAGGCAUGGACAACCCUGUUAUUUACUCUGGUCCUGAUCGGGGCUUUCUAUUUGGCCUUGAAAAUAUGAUUUCCAUUUUGAAAGGGAUUGAAAGAGAUCAUGGAUAGACAUUGAUUGUUUAUAGACAAUUCACUGUUCACAUGUGGUAUGAUUAAAAAAAGUGGAAGUACUCCUUGACAACCAAAGGCCACAUUUGGAGGUUUUUUUUUAGAAACACAUUAAGUGCAUUUUAUCACUGACAGUAAGUUGAUGUCUGUGGUUUUCUAGUCAGUUUAAUUUUAUACACUGUUUUGCAAUAACCCGUAGAACCAGUUGUGGUGAUGAAUUUUGUGCAUAGUAGUGAAUGUGGAAUUGUUUCAUGGGUGCAUGUCUCAAAAUAUUAUAUGAUCUUCCAUUUUUAAAUUUUGUUUACAGUUCUGUGUUAUGUAUUUGUAUUGUGGAUUGUACAGCUGACUAGCUUACCAAGUGUUAUUUUUAGAUGAUAUUUUAAUUUUACAACAAAUUACAUUCUGAAUAUAUUGUAAUUAUUUUAUAACACAAUCUAGCUAGCAAAAUUGAAAGUUCAGAAUCUCUUUGUUUAUUGCUUACAUGGAGGGACAAUUGUAGCUAGUUGAAUAAUUUGGAAAGAGUCAUAAUUUUAUUUUUAUGUGAUAUUGACUGUACUUUAUGAUUAAAAAAAGAGCAGAACUCUUUUAUCUGUUUCAUAGGCAAGUAAGUACACAAAAUGCCUUUAUCAGUAAUAUUUUGAUAUUGUGUUUCUAUGGGGUUACAUUCCUUACAAGAAAGUGUAUUGGGCUGGAUAUUGUGAAUGAGCUGCAUAAUGAAACGUCAUGAAACAGUGAGAAACGUCUGGUGUGAGAGACUGACCUCAGUUAAGAGUUGACCCUUGGAGAAAUGCAGCUUUCCAUAUUAUUAGUUACCCAGUUGUAUGUGAUAUUAACUGUGACAAAAAUAUAUUAUAAAAUUAAGAUAAUACAUUUCCAUGCUAUUCAUGUGCACAUCAGAAUAUUGAGUAAUUGAAAGGUAACUAUAGAUUCCUAUUUUCAGGCAGCACUAUUUUCUUACAUCCUAUCACAUUCACCAUGGUUCACCUCUUGUUCUGUGCACAGUACUCACAAAAAUGUAACUGUCUAAUUAUAAUUAUUGUAAUCAUUGUUAGCCAAACGACAUAUGAACUUUUUGCUUUUACUGUGGUACCUUUUUCCAGGUAUUUUCUAUAUAAUAAAGUGUAUUAUCACUUAAUUAUGAUCUCAUACCUCGUAGCUUAUAGUUCCUCAUUUUGACUUCUGUGUGGCAAUGAUCUGACAUGGAAAUAUUGAAAUAAGAUCUUGGUUUACAGCCUCAUGCUAUGGAAAUCAUGCAUACUAUAGGGUGACCUUAAGUAAAAGUAUGGAGGUGUGGCUUAUAUCGAGGUACUAUAUUUCUCUUAAUUGCUCAAUUUGAUCUAGGCCUAGUGUUUGGGGCCACUCAAAGAAUAGUGUAAACUGUUUUCUUUGAACAGUUCUGUGCAUGACAUGGGAUUUGUAAUCAUGAAAUAUCACCAUUGUGGUUGAAUGCAACAAGUUUCAUAUGCACCAUGUCUGGCAACCAGUCAGCUGUUACUCUGUGGUUCACGAGAUGUACAAGUACUUGCCAUGUAAACAUGCACCUUAAAAUCAUUUGCACUGGCAUUUAAUAUGGAUACCAUACAUCAAUGCUACUGGCCUGUUUGUUAAAGUGUCUAUGUCAGUGUUCAUUGAUAAUACACUGAGACUGUUGAGUGACAGGUAAAAUCUGUUACAACUCUGUGUGUUAUCUAUGCUUUGACAUUUGGAAUAUGUUGUGCAAAUAUCCAUUGUGUGCUGCAUCAUCAGUUGCUCAAUAGUGUGAAUUUGUUGGCAGACAUAUAACCCACUUAAACCAUCAGUCCACUCUUGUGCCAUUGGUUCAUUAUUCACACAUGCUGACAUCAGUCUCAGUACAUUUUUCCUCUUGACACCUCUCAAACACGUGACAACUGCACACAUUUUUGGGGUCAUGGAACUGCACCUUUGCACCUCCAUAAUCUGAACUUUGCCUAACACUGAUGUAUCCUUUCUUUAAUCAUCAUGUUUGAAUGCUAGUUGAUUAGACAUGCUGAUCUGAGCUGAAUGAUUUCUGAUGAUGCAUUGUGAACAACAUGUGACCAUACUGCAGGUUUAAUGAUAAUUCUUUUGGUCCUACAAAGACUAUGGAUAUGUUAGAUUACAUUCAUCUUUUGCACUAACCUGUUCUAAUCAAGGGUUUUGAGUGAGUUAUUGUCUUUGCCACUAUUCCAUAGUUUAUGCAAUAUUUGCUUAAUUUUCCUUGUUCUACUUUGGAAUGCCC